CAGAGGGAGGUACCAACCAUUGCAUUUUUUCGGAACAUUGAUUGGGCGGUUACGGAGAGGGUUCCCGCCCACCGAACCUCCGGACACUGGGUCGCAACCUCUACCGACAAUAAACGCCGACUAUGUGAACGGCGAGCAGAGGUCUGCUCGGCUCAAGAUAAAAUCCAGUCGCAGCCUGUUCGAGAGACGACUUGAAUAUUUGAACAGAGUCACUGAGCUGUUUUUAGUUCAGUUUAACAUGUUUGCGGUUUGAAACAUCGACACAUGAGCAGUAGGGACUCCUUCAAAAAGGACAGCCAACCAAACGUCUGGACCGGCAGCUUAACUCGGGGUUUUGAGGACUCCACCCAUCGCUGCUGCCUUGCUUCAGCGCCCAGCCGACGUGUCGACCAUGGAGCUCCAGCACGCGCACUGCCUGAAGUGUGUCAACAGACGGUGCAUGACCAGACCGGAGGCGGGCGUCUCGUGCGACCUCAUUGGCUGCCCUCUGGUGUGCGGAGCGGUGUUCCACGGAUGCAAGCUGGAGGAGCACCGCGUGCUGUGUCCGUACGAGCGGGUCCCGUGCCUCAACACGGGCUUCGGGUGCCCCUUCACCAUGGCCCGCUUCAAGAUGGCGGAGCACCUGGCCACGUGCCCCGCCAGCGUGGUGUGCUGCACCAUGGAGUGGAACCGCUGGCCCGUCAGCUACGCCGACCGCAAGUCGUACGAGAACCUCAGCAAAGACUUUGAUGAGGUGGAGCAGCUGGACAUGGCCCUGGCCCUGCAGGACCAGAGGAUGCUGCUGGAGUCGCUGCGGGUGACCACCACCAUCUCCCAGCCCGGGGACAAGCCCCCGGACCGCGGGGCCGGGCAGACCGCAGCGGAGGAGGCGGGGGCCGGGUCGGGGCUGGCCAACGGGGCCGUGGACAUGGAGGACGAGCCGUACAGCGGCCUCUACAAGGCCUCGGUGGAGACCACCAGGACGCUAACGGCCGCGCUGGAGAUCCUCACCAGCUCCAAGAGCAUGGCGGGGAUCGCGGCCCACCUCCACGGGGCGAACGGGGAGCAGAACGGAGCGGUGUGCCGCGGAACCAACGGGGACAGCCACGGCCGGCACGACAACGCCGAGGACUCUGAGAGCGUGGACAUGAGGGAGAGCGACUCCGACUCUGAGUGUGAGCUGGGGGCGGUGGGCGGCCUGGACUGCGCCGUCGCGGCGGGCACCAACGGGGACGCAACCCCCUGGGCGGGGCACGGCGGUUCUGUUGAGUUGUUUGCGGAAGACGAGCAGGACGAGUGUCUGGACGUUGUGUUGGACGAAGCGCCCUAUGUCAGGCCCACGGGGCGCUAUCGCCCCGCACCUGUUGUCCCCGCGGAGCCCGACGGGGCUCUACCAGCGCCGUUCCCCCCGGCUGCGUCUGCGGUCAUGCCCUACCUGCUGCCGGAUCACCUCCGCAACAACCUGCUGCAGCACCUCCCCGUGGAGCUGGGCUAUCGGUGUCUGGAGCGCAAGCUGCAGAACGUGGGCAUGAGCCUGUUCCCCUUCAAUGGGCAUCGCAGCCUGCUGUCGGACCCCCACCUGUACCGCGCCAAGAAGGCGGACAAGGCGGUGGACACAUCGGACCUGGAAGUGGCUGAUGACCCCAUGGGACUCCAUGGCAUCGACCUGAUCACCGCCGCCCUGCUCUUCUGUCUGGGCGACUCCCCCGGAGGCCGGGGCAUCUCCGACAGCCGCUUUGUGGACGGAUACCACAUCGACUUCGGCACGCAGACCUUCUCCUUCCCCUCGGCCAUCCUGGCCACCAACACCAUGGUGGGGGACAUCGGCUCGGCCUCGGCCUGCGACCACGCCAGCCCGCAGCUGUCCAACCCCAGCCCCUUCCACACGCUGCGGCUGGACCUGGUGCUGGAGUGCGUGGCCCGCUACCAGACCAAGCAGCGCUCCAUGUUCACCUUCGUGUGCGGCCAGCUGUUCCGGCGCAGCGAGUUCUCCUCCCACUUCAAGAACGUCCACGGGGACAUCCACGCCGGGCUGAACGGCUGGAUGGAGCACCGCUGUCCCCUUGCCUACUACGGCUGCACCUACUCCCAGAGACGCUUCUGCCCCUCGGUGCAGGGCUCCCGGGUCAUCCACGACCGGCACCUGGGCUCCUUCGGCGUGCAGCUGUCGCUGCCCCUGAAGCCGGGGGAGAAGCCCCUCCGGAGUACCUGCAGCUUCGGCGCCCAGUGCGACCACUUCAGCAGCCUCCCCUUCGAGAUCCUCCAGCACAUCGCCAGCUUCCUGGACGGCUUCAGCCUGUGCCAGCUGUCCCGGGCGUCCGGCGGGAUGCGGGAGGUGUGUGCCAGUCUGCUGCUGAUGCGAGGCAUGGUGGUGAUGCUCUGGGGGAAGAAGCAGCGGGCGGAUGGCUCUUCUACGUGGCAGAUCACCGAUAAGGUGUGGCGCUUCAGCACGGCCUUCGGCACGGUGACGGAGUGGAAGUUUGCCAACAUCGCCAGCAUGGCAGACCACCUGAAGAAGUGCAAGUUCAACACAGUGACGCGCCGCGAGGACGCCGUCCCCCUGCCCUGCAUGUGCUUCACCCGGGAGCUGACCAAGGAGGGCCGCUGUCUGCGCUCCGUCCUCAAGCCCGUGGCCUGAGCACCACCACUACCUGAUCUGUUUGGGUCUGCUCCCCCAGAGCCCAGCGAAGUGGUCCACACCACAAAAGCAUUAUUACUUUUUUAUCUGCAGUUUUUACAAAUCGCACAAACAAAGGCAUGUUCUUUUCCAGUCUAGACAACAUAGAAGGCUGGUUAAUAAAACAGAAACAUGCAGUCUUGGUUUGUGCGUGUAAACCAAACUAAUGUUAUUGAGUUAUAGUGUUCACUAAGCCAGCGUGUGUUUUUUAAACCACAUAACAGGGAACGGACAACCACCCAAAUGCCAGCCUUGUUUCUUCCACCUUGAUAGAGCCGCAGCACUACAGAACCUAUAAAAUAAUAUCUGAUCAAUGCGUUAAUAAUCAAAGGUUUGAUUAUUGAGGUUUUAUUUUUCUACGAAGGAGCCAGUAUUGGGCAGUUCAGCAGAGAGCCUUGACUUCUGCAACACUUGAUUUUCUAUCCAAAGCUUGAGGCGUGUCUUCUCCCUGCCAGUUUUAUAACUUGCUACCUGAAACGGUUUGUUAAGCACCUUUCUCACGGUUUUGCAUUUGGUUCUGAAGCUCGUUUUAUGAGGUUUAAGGACGCCGCAGUCCAAACAUCAGGCAUGUGAUGUGCAUGAUGUCCGGACAAAGGCUCCAACACAAGUGCAUUCGUUAGCGUUACUGUAAGCCAGCCAUCCUCCACCUACAAAGGAUAACCCUAGUACCCCUUCAUCAUGGAGAUCAAUCCACAAACUAAAAACAAUGCGUGUCAACACACUACUGGUUCUGUUACAAAGAUUAUCAAGGUAAUCCGCUACACCAUCGCUCUGGUCUCCUGGCAUGAUGAACGUGGUCGACAACCAACCGAUAGCGAGAAUCAAGGUCUCGUCUCCCGCGGAGGUCUCGUCUCUCCGCUUUCAGUCGUGUUGUGGAUGGAUCUCGUGUCUACACCUCAAAUUCAUGUGUGGGGGCGACGCCAUGGCAACGGUGAGCGGUGGGGUUCCGAGACGCGCCUCUUAGUCAGCGGAGCCGCCCCGUGCAUGCUGACGUCACGUGUAUUGCAAAGACCUGCCGGCCAGGUCGAAGAGCUGAACCUAAAUGGGCACACCGACCUUGUGGUGGUAAACCCCUCUACUAGGUUGUAUUUUGGGUUUGUGUUGGUUUUUGUUUUCAGGUGUCGCUAAGGCAUCCCGAGUUUGUUGUUGUCCUCGUGUCUCAGGGUCGUAUCAUGAAACUACAAUAAAUGCUGGUCAUUGUUGUGGUGUAUUGUAGCUUGAUCGAAGAAAUCACUGAAAACCAGCUACUUGACUUUUAUGGUGGUAUAAGGAUGGGCUGAUUGUACCGUUCAGUGUUGGAGCCGAAGUGAGCGUUGCAGUGAGUGUACCGCAGUGCUAUGCUGGUUAUUUUCCGUGUCUUUUAAUAGUGCAAGUUAUACACAAAUAGUUUUUUAUUUCAGAUUGUUGAGGGGCAGUUCUCUAUUGAAGGGCGAGUUAGGCCGCCAGCUGAAGUCUAACAUGAAUGUAAUGUACGAACAUGAAGUAAUAAGAUGGGGCUCUGUUUGAAAACAGACAGUAAAUGGUCAAAUACAAGUGCAGACGUUUUUUUCUCUUCAAGGUGGUACUUUAUAUAAACGUAUGGGUUCCAUUUUAUAGGGUAUGCAGCAGAAGACAUUUGGCCGCAUUGUGAGAACGGUGUCCAUGGUGGAUGAUGCUAGACUGGGAAAUAUUGUUCUGAAAAGUGCUGGAAGUUCGUUAAGAAGGCCUGGCGAAAUGGUUCAAGAUGUAUUAUUUUGAAAACAACACUUUUGUAAUAAUUCACUUUUAUUUUUGUUAUUUUUAUAUAGGUACGAGAAUGAAAAUUCCCUCAAUAUUAUAGCUGUUUUUUGUAUGAAUUUAGCCCUAUGAAGCUGUGUCCACGGUGACAAUAUCCAUGGCGAGAUAUCACGGUUUCACUCUCACGUGCGUGAGACGUUUUUCUGAAAAAAACCUGUCUGACAAAUGGCGUUCAUUUUUAUAUGGGUUUUUUUGCAACCUGAAUCGUGUUUUUGUGUAAUAACUGUCCCCAGGCCUCUUAGGGAUGUUUUUGUUCUCAAUACAAACCAGUUUACUCAAGUAUUGGCAUAAUAUGCUAACACUAGACAUAUAGAUAUAUCUUAUCUAUAUAUAAUAACUGUAAAGCACAGAAGCGCACACAUUUAAGCCAACAAGUCUGUUGACUUUUUGGUUAUACAAAUAAGACAUGGCACGAUUUUAUUUAUACAAUUAUUUUAAUUAAGUGGCAACUGUCUUGAUGCUGCAUUGUUUUCAUCAUUAAAACCUUUUUGUUUUUACUUCAGCCUGGUGUUUUAUUGUAUUGUAUCCCAUCCAAUGAAAUAAAAUGGUCAUAUCCAU